AUGAAGGCAAAGGAAGAGGAGGACGAAAAGAAGGAGAACGAAGAGAGGAGGAAAAGAAGAGGAAGAGAGGAGGAAAAGAGAAGGACGAGAAGAGGAAGAGAGGAGGAAAUGAGGAGGAAAAGAGAAGGACGGGAAGAGGAAGAGAGGAGGAAAAGAGGAGGAAGAGAGGAGGAAAAGAGGAGGACGAGAAGAGGAAGAGAGGAGGAAAAGAGGAGGACGAGAGGAGGAAGAGAGGAGGACGAGAAGAGGAAGAGAGGAGGAAAUGAGGAGGACGAGAAGAGGAAGAGAGGAGGAAAAGAGGAGGAAGAGUGGAGGAAAAGAGAAGGACGAGAAGAGGAAGAGAGGAGGAAAAGAGGAGGAAGAGAGGAGGAAAAGAGGAGGAAAAAAGGAGGAAUAUGGGAAAAGGAACCGAUAUGA